CCAAUCUCUCCCACCUAAUUCUCUCUCUCUCUCUCUCUGAGUAUUUUCUUUUAAUAAUUCCUUCUCAGUGAUUUAUUGCAUUCUGCAUUCAUUUCUCCAUUCGCGUACUUGUGAGGAUUUACUGAGGAAAAAAGAGAUGAAUGGAUAGAGAGAGAAAGAGAGACGGAAAUGCCGCUGGCGAGGUUCGAGGUGAGGAACGAGUACGGCCUAGGCCUUCCUGAGCUUUACAAACACGUCGAUAGAGACGAUCCUAAGGCCGUCCUCGAUGCUACUUCCGUCGCUGGCCUCGUCGGGAUCUUGCGUCAGCUUGGCGAUCUUGCCGAAUUUGCAGCAGAGGUAUUUCAUGGCUUGCAGGAGCAAGUGAUGGCUACAGCUUGUAGAAGCCAUAAACUGAAGCUCCGUGUACAGCGCAUUGAAGUUGCACUUCCUCCCCUUGAGAAGGCUGUACUGAGCCAAACAAGCCACAUACAUUUUGCUUAUACUGCCGGUUCUGAAUGGCAUCCUCGUAUUCGAAAUGAACAAAAUCACUUCAUCUACAAUGACUUGCCACGAUUUAUUAUGGAUUCCUAUGAAGAAUGCCGCGAUCCUCCACGCUUGCACCUGCUUGACAAAUUUGAUACUGGUGGUCCAGGAUCUUGUUUAAAGAGAUAUUCAGAUCCAACCUUCUUUAAAAAAGCAUCAGCUACCUCUGAUGAAGCGACUACUGAAAGAAUUCAAAUCGAUAAGAAGGCUCGUAGAAGCAAGAAAAAAAGGUCAUCACGGGGGAAUGGAAAACUAUUGCGUGGUUCAUCAAUAUCCAAUCGCAGUAGCAGAUUGCAGUUUGGUUCACCUACUGGCAAUGGGCAAAAUUCUUUGAAAACUGCCUCAGUUGUAGAUAUGAAGACAAACUCUGACCUAGGAGACUGCUCAUAUUCUUUUGAUUCAAGAAAUGGUCAGCAGUUUAAAUCUCAUGGCCGGACAUCUCCUUCACAUACAGCAUCCACAGUUGACAUGACGCUGAAAUCUGAUCCUGGAGAUCGUUCAAAUUCUUUUGAUUCAAGAACGGGCUCAGGAUAUAUUGAGUGUGUUUUCCGUCCAAGUUCUUCCAUGCAACCUGAACAGCCAGAAUCGCCCUCAUCUCGGUUGAUACAGCAUAAUGGUACCCUUGAUUCAAUUUUUCCUGAUGAACAAACCAAGGCUGUGGAUGAUAACUUUGCACACAGUUCAUUACAAGAGCAAAUUGCCUCCGGUUCUUCUUGUGUUACAUGGGAUGAAAAGGCAGAGAUAGUGGAGCCUAGUGAUCAGCAGAGUGAUAGAGAUGAAGCUCCAGAGAUGCUCUCAACAAAGUCUGACAUAGAUACACAUGGAGAGAUAGCGGUUAGCCUUACAAAUAUUGAUCAAAUGGAUAGCCUGUUUGAUCAUGAAAACAGUCUUGAGUCAAUCUCCAGCGAUAAUCAGAUCGAUGACAUCGAAAGUGAACCAGACGAUUACAUGGAUGCACUCAACACCAUUGAAUCAGAAUCUGAAAAUGAUCUCGACUUUCAAACAAAAAGAGAAGUUGAGCAGUAUGCCUCCAAGAUCAAUGAUGAAGUAAUAAAUGAAAUCCACCAGCUUCCUGUGAAUAGUUCAGACCAUAAACGUUCAGAGUCAGAAUCUGAUACUGCUUCCUGCGUUUCCUCAAAUGAAGGAAUGCCAUCAAAUAUACCCAACUCAGUUUCCCCAGAGAGUGUUGUGCUUGAACAGAUUCCACAGAUCUCUUCUAAUUUAGACUGUCCAGUAGACGAUGAUUUCGAUGGAAGCUCCGAUACUCUUGAUGGUUCCAAUUUGGAAUCUGUUGUUAAUAAUUCAUUAUCCUCAACCUCCCAAAUUUCUGAUUUCAAGGAUCUAUCGACGGAUGAGAUCUUUAGCAGUUUUUGCAAGUCUCAAGAAACUCCUGCUGACUUUUCUGGUGUUCAUUCAAUUACAUUCUGGACUAAUGGUGGCCUUUUAGGACUUGAGCCAUCAAAACCUCCUGAUUAUGCUAUGUCAAAUGCUGUGGGUCAGGAUUUAGCUAACAGAAGUAAAGAUGAGACAGUUUGCCCUUCAGCACAUGGGUUUAUGCUUAAAGGUAAUGAGCAUGAAGGGAAGCAAGAUAUGUUGGAUGAGAAAGCUGGAGACAUUGAAAAGCAUCCAAGUUUUGUAUCCUCCACUUCAUGCCAAGACGAACAAGAAGAUGGUGUCUCAACUAAGAAGACAACUGGGCCAUCUGAUACAGAUGCCAAAUGUGAAAAUUUCAGUGUAAUGGCACCUAAAACUGCGGUGCAAUCCAUAUCCUCUGAAUCCAAUCAGGAGAAUGAUGAAAACUCAUCUCUGGUGUUUGGACUCAGCCGAAGGUUACUAGCAAAUGGUUUGUAUAAAAAAGUUUCACAUUUCCAUGAUGAGAAUACAGAACCUGCUAGUUCUAUGAACGCCGGUGAAUUGGAGCAAUUUAGUGGGCAACAUAGGGUUGUGAAUGAAACAAUUCCUGAGACAACUUUUGAAGACCAGCUUGGACAUUGCUCUUCCGUAUAUUCACUUACUUCUUCACCGCCACUAGAACAUAUGAAAAUAUCUUUCCAUCCUCUAAAUGGCUUAGAGACUUCCAAACUGAAACUAAAAUUUCCAGACAGAAAUCAAGGUUUUGAAGGCAUGAGAGACAUAUUUCAAUCAUUCCAGUUGGUCCCUGAGCCUAAUAUUCCUAUGAAUGACUUUGGUUUUGAGUCUGAUGAUGACACAUUUUGUAGAUCAUCUCCUUAUAUUUCAGAUGAUUGCCACAGCCUUCACUCUGAGUCAAAUUCAGAGCGGUGGGAAUCUGGUGAAACCCCCAAAUGCAAGGAUCUUGAACUAUAUGAUUCCUUUUGUGGAAUCUCAUCAACUGAAUCUGUAUAUAGCUCUCUGGAGCUUGGGGGAGCGACCAAUAAUGGCAUCCACAUUGAUGGUGGAAUUAGAAGUGCAAAAAUGGGGAAUGACGUUGAACCUUCUCUGUCUGGUGGUUCUCUACUUGAUCUUCCCAACUUUGAUACUGUGAACCCUAUGCUUCAGCAAGUAACAGAUGAAGGUUCUAAUCUCCUCAAGUUGGAAUGUUCUGGACAGCCUACCCCUCAACUGCCACCUCUCCCUCCAGUGCAAUGGCGGGUAUCAAAACCCCAUUUGGAUGAAAUAGAAGGCAAACAAGAUGAUGUAUCUGAAGCCCUUACACAUGCAUCUGAUCCGAAAUAUUUUGGAUCUUCUGUGUCUCAGCAGCCUAAGCCAUCCCCUGAAAAACAACAACAAACUGUUAAGGAGGCUGUUGCUAUAGAACAACUGGGCAAGCAGCAAGACCAGCAGAAGUUAAAUGAGCAGAAGGAAGCUAAUCAAGCUACGAAUGUCAAGGAGAUGGAUGAAAGAGAAGAUUUUCUACAUCAAAUCAGGUCAAAAUCGUUUAGCUUGAGACGCACAAUGACACCAAAGCCAACUUAUGCACCAGGACCCGCUACAAAUGUCAAAGUCACUGCAAUUUUGGAGAAAGCAAAUGCUAUUCGCCAGGCUGUUGGGAGUGAUGAUGGAGGUGACGAUGAUGAUACCUGGAGUGAUGCUUGAUUUAUUCCUCUCAAGACGUGGUUGGGUCCAUGACAAACAACUCACCUGUAGCUUUGAGUUCACAAAGUCUUUCCGACGCGGCGUUAUAUAUAUGUGAAUACUCUUUAGUUUCCUUCUGUAAUUAAUUGUAGGAGUUUCUUUGUAUCUUACUGUGAUCAUUUAAUUGAUUCCUUGUUAAAUCUACGUCUUAAACAAUUAGAUGAAUUUUCGAGGUGGAGCACAAUGUAUUGUUCAUAUUUGAGGCAGUAAUUUAUGCAUAAUGCCUGAAAAUAUGAUUAUCUUAAUGGGUUUUAUUCGUCUGUUUGCUUCUCA